AUGUCAUUAGGUUGUGAUAUUCCUCUCAUUCGAGAUCUCCCCAAAUCACGUUUUUCUGCCUCCUCAUCUAAAAAGGACGCGUCUAAUCUGCGUUUCACUCCCGAAACGCCCUCGGCGCCCUGGUGCCCAGAAGAACGCCCACCCCUAGAGGCUGAUUAUGGGAAAGAGUACGUUAUAGUGGACUUGGGAUGCCUGCGAUCAGUUUGUGCAAUAGAGGCUCAAGAUAAAAACUUGAUGACUUAUUCUGCUGAAUAUUCCAUCGACAACAAAAAUUGGAAGACGUUGACUACAAAGGAUACAACUUACUAUUUUAUGGAGGAGUAUGAUGCAAACUAUAAGGCGGUGAUCACUCCUCCAAUUACAGCUCGUUUCUUCAGGUUCCAUUUCCUCAUGUGCACUUGGAGCGAAGAAAAAAAGUCCCGUCCUUGCGGUAAAGUGGAGCUGUACAGUGAUGCAGGUUUAGAUCCAGAUGAUUCAACAGAACCAAUGGGAUGCUUCAUUGAGCAAACCUCCAAGAAAAAGAAGAAUGAACGUCUUCUUCCUGUAGUUUAUCAUAAAGUUAGAGGCGACAUUGUGAAGAAGUCGCCAGAUAUUUUGGCCAUUUACGAGGAAUGCCGAAAAAAUGCCGAAGAUCAUGUGGAAAUAUUUGGUAUCCUGAACUUCAAACAGUGCGUAACGACCCAGAGCGGUAAAGAGGAGGAUUAUUUUAACAGCGCUAGAAAAUCGCGUAGAUGUAAAAGCUGUUACGGUAAAGGCAUCGGGACUAAAAGAAAGGCUGUGUUUGUCUACAAAAUAAAUCUCUAGUAACAUAAAACAUAAAUUAUUAUUGUUAAGGACUGGUCACUAUCUAGUGCUAAGAGGAGUGGGGGGAGGGGCAGGAGGAUUUUUUUUUGUGUCACGAUAAAAUUUACCUAAUCCUCACUGAGGCCUUGUAAUAAUUGUGAAAUAAAUGAUCACCCCUCAUUAGCAGUUAA